AUGGCAACAGAGGUCAGACAAGUUGUAAGACAUCAACCACCAGACUGGUUCACUGAGCUUUACACUCAGUCAACCAAUGCUGAGCGUCAGAGGUCUGCAUCUCAUCAGGUCCGUCAAGAAUCCAGAUUUUUACGCAAUGAGACAGAUAGUCAGACAAAGUGGGAUCAGUAUUCAAAUGAUGUCAGACUGGCUGACCGUGUUGACCAUAUAAGAAAGUGGAAGGAAAUUCUAGAAAGGACUUUGGGACAGUUAGACCAGGAAAUUGCUGAUCUAUCUGAAGCAAAAGAAUUAACAGAACAAGCACUAGAAGCAAAAAAUCUCCCAACUGAUGUCAACAUUGAAUGCUUAACCUUGCGUGAGGGAAGAAGGAAUAUAGAUGUUGUGCAGGAUGAACCAGAAAAUCAGCUUCACAAAGAAGCCGAGGUUAUUGACGGGAUUAAAAAAGUGCUGCAGCAGAGGAUAGCAGAUUCAUUUGAGCAGCUGUGUCUUCUACAAGAAGCUAGACAACAAGUACAAGCAGACCUACAGGACAAAAAUAUUGCUUUAGGCAUUGACAUUGACCAGUACAACUUGUCUGAUAGAUCCCCAAACAUCAGCUACAAGCCUGAUCCACUGCGUGUACCUAAAGGGAGUACCACCCCUCAGCAAUGGGAAGACUUCAGUCGCUACAAUAAGGAGAGAGCUGAUGCUGAGAUGAAGUCGUCCAACAGACUCCGGGAACAAAUCCACCACACACUGCAACAGACAGCCAAUGAUCUAGAAGCACAGAAACAAGCCACUGAGUUUGCCUUCAGGAAGAGGAUCCAUGAAUUUGAGAGGGCCAAGGAUGAGCUAGAAUGGCAGAAAAAGAAUACUGAAGAAGAAAUUGCUGAGUUGGAAAAUGACAUUCGGGGCAUCGAGGAAGCAAUCCGCAACAAAAUCCGACCAACCAAAAAGGCUGAAACUAGACUGGAGAACAGAACUUAUCGGCCAAAUGUUGAGCUGUGUAGAGAUGCUGCCCAGUAUGGCCUUGUUGAUGAGGUCAAACAGCUGUAUGCAUCCAAGAAUGCACUUGAAGAGAAGCUCAAACAAGCCCAACAUGCCUUGGAUGGUCUACAGAAGAAUCUUCACCGCCUUAAUGAUGACAUUGCUCUCAAGACCCAGUCUCUUCGCUUGGAUAACCAGUGCCUAGGGGUGCGCCAGAAGUUGAACCCAGCUCCCACUAACCAGGUUGAGCACAACUUGAACCUGACUGGAAUUGAAAGGAUGAAAUCUGCUAUCUUAGCUUAAUCUCACCUCAGUUUUCAAAACAUCAAAAAUUGGGACCAAUAGUGAUGCUGUUGUGGUUUAGUAUUUUAUCUACAGGAAAGCACCUUUGACCCUUUCCUUUCACAUAAUUUAAGGUUGUUUUUGUUUAAUUAUCAUCUAAGCUUGCAUCACUUCAAUUAGAGGUCAAUGUAUUUAAAAAAUUUGAGUAUUGGUGUCUGCAUAAAAUCAAAUGAGCUUGUAGUGAUUACAUAAACUAAAAGGAGGAAGUAUUUUUUUUUUAUAUGGCUUUUUACAUUUUCUUUUUACAAGUAGAUUUUAAUUUUUAUACAAAUUUGGGUUUACAUUUGAUAUAUUGUGCACAGUUAUUUCAGACACUUUUUAAUAUAUUUAUCUAAGUUUUGAAUGUAUGACACAACCUUGUGGCCUGUGAACAAUUAAAAUAUAAUUAACAUAUUAUUAAACAGUAUUAAAAUACAAUAGUGUGUGUGUGUGGCUGUGAAUGUUAUGUUUUGCUUAUCAUUGGCUGUGAUACUGCAGUGUAUGUCAGAGAGCACUAAGCAGCAUUCCAAUUUUUUUAAUAGAUGGAUUAUAUGCUGGCUUUUAUAAUGUUCUUAUAAAAAAAAAUUUGACGUAACCUUAGAAUUUUUGUAGGGUGAGAAUUUUAUUUUCUUGUCAAGUCUUCAAAAUACAAGCAAGUCCCCAAUUUAAAGUAGGCAGGGUGGUCAGAAAUUUUGAAUUUUUUAAACUUAAAAUUAGGUAUUAUUCAAAAUAAUAUAUUACAAACAUUAAUAUAUGCUUAUAGUUUAAAAAAUUUAUUUUCUAUUCUAUGGAUCUAAAACUUUACUAAAAUGAAACCCUGAAUUUAAGUACAGUGGGAGGUUUUUAAAAUUUAAAAAUAUUAUCAAUGUUGUAACUGUAAUUUUCUGGUAUUGCUAGAUGAUUUUGUUUAGUAUCACCAUAUUUAUUUUAUAAAAAUAAAUACUGAAAAUUUUAAGCAUUAUAGUUGCUGAAGUAUUUUUCUUCAUCAUGACAUUUUAAAAACAUUACUUAGAAAAUAUAAGUGGUAUUCAUUCAAGAUAUCAAGGCAUUUUAAAAUAUUAAAAACAAGACAAUUGUCCAAAACCAUUUCUUAAAAUCUAUCAUGUAUGAAAUGCUUCAUUAUUUCAAAAGAAUAAAAAUUUAACAACUAUUGUAAUUUUUUAAAUACUGACUGUUUUCUGAGGUGCUUGAUAGAAUUUUCUCCACACUGUUCAACUAGUUGUUUAAUUUUAAAAGAUUGCUAUUACAUUGAAAAAUGCUCUCGUAAGCAUUUAAUUUUUUUUAAUGAGAUCUUAUUAUUGAAUUAUUUUAUAAUCAAAUCAAUGUUUUUAAACCUUAAGAUUUAAACUAAGCAUUGAAAAUAAACGUGCAAAAAAGAAAAUACAAAUGAGCUUUUUUUUUUUUAAAUUAUACACUUUGAUUUAUUAUAAUAAUCUACAUUUUUUUAUAUUAACUUGUAAACAUCGUAUAACAUAAACGCUAAAUUAAAUAAAAAGUGGAUAGAAUUGUUUAUCCUAUUGAUGCACAACAUCAAACAAAUUAUUUCAAUAAAGGGAAAUACAAUCAAAUCUAAAAUUAUGUACAA